UAUGAAAAAGGAUUUUAAGAUUGGUUCAUUUUUAUUGCGUGAUCAAUGCAUAAAUUUGACAAUGUAACUUAAGUUAAAAUAACAACACGUUUUUCUUUCUUAAGAUAUGACAAGUGCUGCAUUGAGUAAAGGGAGAAGCAGGUAGAACUAGGGGUCUUAGCAGAUGGCUACUCAGGUUGUGGAGUUUGUGGCAUUCCUCUCCAUCUUUCUUAUACCAUGGGGAUAUAAACUUCUGGUUUAAAUUGGUAUUUAAUUAUUCCUGAAAGUCCAGUGUCAGAAUACAACAUGUCAACACAUAAAUAAAAUAGCUACUGGAAAGCACCAUGGAAAGAUAUGGAAUGCAAAUACCAAGCUUACCUGACACAGGACAGGAAUGGUGCAUACAGGCAUUGGGCCUUAUCAGGUGAAUACACUUUUAACAUCAUUAAAUAUCCCCUCAGUCAGUUCUUGGACUCUGCAAAACAGACAACAUGAAACAGGACCAGUUCUGGAGAAAACUGCAGUAGAAAGUACCAGAAGCAGCCUUCAUGAUGAAAUUCAGGCAACUGUAAGUAUGAUUAAAGGUACAGUCAAGCUAACAGUCAGUGUUGAUGCAGGUUGGCAGAAACCAGGCAGUGGGCCAUCCUUUGACAGCCUCUCUGGUCAUUGCUCCAUGAUUGAAUCUCAGACAGGCAAAGUCAUGAAAUCAGAACGAAAUGUUGCACAAUUUUUGAAAAUGCUACUACAAAUGGAAAAGACCUCAAAGAUCAUGACUGCAGAAAAAACUCUAAUCACCAUGAGAGGAAAGUCAACCUGUUUCAAUUUCAAGUGCACUUGGUUCUUUUUUAAGCUUUAUGGAGAAGCAAGGAAUAUAUUUUUAGUUGGCCACAAUAUCAAAGGUUUUGAUUUUCAUGUUCUUUUUCAUACUCUAGAUUCUUGUUCACUGUUUUAUCGAGUGUCAAAUGUGUACAAGUUUUUUUUUUGAGAUAUUACCAGAUUUCUAUUCAAACUUGUCCAUCCCAGUGUGUGUUCAUAUAACCGGCAAUAUUUAUCAGAAGUGUUACUAAAAUGUACUUACAAUGCACAUGAUACUGUAGAAGAUGUUUCAGCUUUGAAAAGUUUAUAUAAAUUAUAUGACACUGUUCAUUCUUGUGAUGAUGAACAUUCAUCUUGUACAUUUACAUUUCAGUAUGCUUUGAGUGUCCAUACAUGUAACUACCAGAAAGUUGUAGAUAAAAACAUACCAUUCUUUCAAUGUUUGAUUGAUAAAAAUCUUCUGAGUGUCAGAAUGGCAAGGAAGGUAACCAGUAGUGGCCUAAACUUUGAUUGUCUCAGAAAGGCACAAUCUAGAAGUUCUGAUAGGUUUAAUAAUAAUGAAAUGUUAUCAAAUAGGAAAUUCAGGUUAUUUGUAACAAAAUAUCUCAAAAUUUUAAUCAUUUGACACCCACUUUAUGUUUCAUUUUUGUUUUCUAUAGAAUGCUUUCUAUAUAUGUAUAAAUCAACCGAUAAGAGUUUUCAUCAGUCAAAUUUUUAGAAUAUUUGAAUGAAAAAAGGUUCAUUUUUAUGCAUUAAAAUGUUAUGAAACAGAGGAAAUUCAGGUUAUUGGUAACAAAAUAUCUAAAAAUUUUUAUCAUUGACACCCACUUUAUGUUUCAUUUUUAUAUCUUAUAGGGUACUUUCAAAAUGUAUAAAUCAACCAAUAACAGUUAUCAUCAGUCAAAAUUUUAGAAUAUUUGAAUGAAGGCAGGUAAAUUUAUAUGCAUAAAAUGUCAUGAAACAGAGGAAAUUCAGGUUAUUCGUAAAAAAUAUCUCAAAAUUUUAAUCAUUGACACCCACUUUACGUUUCAUUUUUGUUUCCUAUAGAAUGCUUUCUAUAUGAAUAAAACAACCAAUAAGAGUUAUCAUUAGUCAAUUUCUUAGAAUAUUUGAAUGAAAUCAGGUUCCUUUUUAUGCAUAAAAUGUUAUGAAACAGAGGAAAUUCAGGUUAUUGGUAACAAAAUAUCUAAAAAUUUUGAUCAUUGACACCCACUUUAUGUUUCAUUUUUAUAUCUUAUAGGGUACUUUGUAUAUGUAUAAAUCAACCAAUAACAGAUAUCAUCAGUCAAAUUUUUAGAAUAUUUGAAUGAAAACAGGUAUAUUUAUAUGCAUAAAAUGUCAUGAAACGGAGGAAAUUCGGGUUAUUUAUUACAAAAUAUCUCAAAAUUUUGAUCAUUGACAACCACUUUGUGAUUAAUUUUUAUUUCUUAUAAGAUGUUCUCUGUUUGUAUACAACAUCCAAUAAGAGUUACCAUCAGUCAAAUUUUUAGAAUAUUUGAAUGAAAAAGGUUUAUUUAUGUGCAGAAAAUGUCAUGAAACGGAGGAAAUUCAGGUUAUUUGUAACAAAAUAUCUCAAAAUUUUGAUCAUUGACACCCACUUUGUGAUUAAUUUUUAUUUUUUAUAAGAUGUUCUCUGUAUGUAUGAAACAACCAAUAAGAGUUAUCAUCAGUCAAAUUUUUAGAAUAUUUGAAUGAAAUCAGGCUUAUUUACAUGCAUAAAAUGUCAUGAAACAGAGGAAAUUCGGGUUACAGAAAAUAAAAACGUGAUUGAUUUCUGUAAUAAUUUUGUUGUUAUUUUUAAGAUAACACCUUAAUUUAUAAAUUGAUAUGGUAGAAUGUUUCACUUGCAUGCCCGCAAGAAAAAUUAUAGUAAAAGAUUGAAGUAACCUUAAAAAAUCCAUAUCUACAAUGGCGAAUUCAUGCUUUAAUUUCAUUGGCUAAUAGCAAAAAAAGUAGGUCAUUGACCUACAUGUUUUAAAGUAGAUUUUGUCAAUACAUACGUGUGU